AUGGAAUCUUAGAAGCAACUAAAUUACAUGUCUAUACUUUUUGAGACAGAUUAACCUUUCUGGAAAAAAGUUGACCAAAGUAUUAAACUAAAUGAAUUUACAAAAGAGGAGUUUUUAUAUUAUUCAAAAAGGCAUAAGGAAUAUAAGAGUAAGAAUUUUGCUAGGAAGGAUGCAAUUAUACUGAAAUUCGGAAAAGGGGAAGUAUGUUAAUAAUUUAAAAUAGGAUGA